GACUUUACAUGCACACCUGUUUAUCCAGUGUAGGGUGUGGACGGGCAGGUAUGUGUAUGUAUCACCUGAGGGAGGAUCUAAUAUAGACCUAUAAAUACAGACAUGAAAACAAAUAUUUCACAUUGAGAAGCAAGACAAGACACAAGUUUUAUUGCAUCAUCACACUUGAUAAUCUCAACAUGAGUGACGAAAGUAAGUUUGAUAUUUUAUAGAAAUAAAUGUUGAAGAUAUCUUUAACGCGUAAAUUAUCCCAAUUAAUUCUAUUGUUUCCUUUCUUAAUUUUUUUCACAGAACCAAAGACAUGUGAGAAAGUUCAUUCAAGCUCUGGAUCAGAGGGCUCAGGAGAUGAAAGUGGAAAGAAAAAGGGAAAGGGCAAACAUGGAAAGGGAUGUGAAAAGGGAAAAGAGCACGGAAAAGGUCACGGUCAUGGACAUGGACAUGGACAGGGCGAAGGUCAAUGUCAUGGUAAAAGUGAUAAGGGAAAGAAAUGUUAAACACGGAGGAAUCCUGCACUGAUCGUCGCUGGAUAUUUAGUGCUCUGUUUAAAAAAUUGAAAACUUCUGUAAACAAUUUCUGUUUUUGAGUAUUUUGAAAAUAAACUUGCUUAUGUGAAUACA